ACCACAUCUAGCGUGCCACUUUCAUGGUAACUUACAUUUCUACUGUUCGCGCCAACACUAAGAGGUAAAUUGCAUACCGUGGCAGUCACUUUGCAACAACAAACGGUGCAAUAAGUAAAUCACAGCUGAUAAGGUUGAAGCACGCAGAACGAAGUAAAGUGCAAAAAUGACCUUGACACAAGACGACUCUAAUUUUGAUGUAGAAAAUGGAAUUAUUGACGGUGAGGCUCCUCCACACACGCAGCUAGCAGCUAAAUACAAGCAGAGUUUUGCAUAUUACACGUUUCGUGUGCGGCUCCCUUCAACGCUACAAACAAUUGCCGACUCCCUGGCCAAGGAUAAGGAUGAAUUACUGGCAACGUAUGGAGCGGAUGCAGAUAUCGAUCAAACAGCUGCUGCAGUUUUGGAACUGCGCUCAAAUAUUCUAAAGAACGGACCGUUACUGCCCUUCAAUGAUAAAGAUAGCGACGCUGACGAAUGGAAUUUAUUUCUGGAGAAACUGCCGAAAGAGAAUAGAACGUAUUUCGCUGCCUGUUGGCUUUACGCCGAGUGCUAUAUGUAUCGGAAAUUAUGGGCCAUAUUUAUAGCAUCGCGACUCGCUGGCCACGACUAUUUCCGAAAGCAGAAACAAACGGCGGCGCAGCUCAGUUUUGAUGCCAUGCUGGCCGUUGCGAAAGGCACCCGAAAUAACGAACGCAUUGCGAGCACGUUCCAGAAGCUGAUGAAACUGAAUUUGUGGGGCAAUCGUUGUGAUCUGUCGAUUACGUCCGGCAAACAGGUGAAGCCAACGGGCGACGCUUUCCAUCAGGUAGACGAACUGAAUCCCAAUUUGCUUGUGGAUGCAACUGGCACCAUUUGGGAAUUAUUGGAUAAAUCAGAUGGCAAUGGCAUUGUGGAAUUUGUAUUCGAUAAUGCCGGUUAUGAGUUGUACACAGAUCUGAUCCUAGCCGAGUAUAUAAUCGAUAAGGGGCUGGCGCGAAAGGUACGCUUCAAUGCGAAAGCAAUUCCCUGGUUUAUAUCCGAUGUGAGGGCCGAGGACUAUCACUGGACAAUCCAGUUUUUGAUUGGACAAUCUGAUCCGAUGCUCAGUGAGCUGGGCAAGAAAUUUAAACGUUUGACGGAUGAGGGCAAAUUCGAAUUGGCUCCCCUCGAGCACUUUUGGUCAGGUCCCUACGAGUUUUAUCGCAUGGCUGAAGUGCAGCCGGAACUUUAUAAGCGCCUCUCGCAGGCACAGUUGGUUAUACUCAAAGGAGAUCUAAACUAUCGCAAACUACUCGGAGAUUACAGUUGGCAUAGCACCGAAUCAUUGGAAAUCUGUCUGCGUGGCUUUAGACCCACAAAUCUUUGCACGCUGCGCACCAUCAAAGCGGACCUGGUUUGUGGUUUGCCGCAGGGUAAAUCGGAGGAACUCUUUGCGAAGGACAAGGAAUGGAUGCUCACUGGCGAAUAUGGCACUAUUGAGUUUGCCCCCAAGUGAAUACAAUUGAGACAACCAAUAUCUGGACCCUUGGAGAUACUAGAUUAAUUGUUGCGAUUUUAAGCUUAGCUAAAUUGUUUAACUAGUUUUUCACUGUUAAAAUAAAAGCACAUGCCGUAUAAA